UGGAGUGCCUAUCAGUGCCUAACUGUGCCUCACAAUUGUUAUCUCAACUGACGGUAUAAACAGCAGAAUAUAGUGACAAACACUGGACUAUGAAGUAUGAACGGCAACGGCACUCAACUAACUCAUAACUGGCUGUCCUGCCUGUACUCCCUGUACUGUCUGUGCGCUAUCACUUUAACGGUCUCAAUAGUAUCACCAAUAUCUGCGGGCAGUGGUUGGUCGGAGUGGAGUCAAUGGUCUAUAUGUUCGAGGAGUUGUGAUGGAGGGGUCAGUGUUUCUCUUCGCAAAUGUAUUGAUAAGAAAGGGUGUAUUGAUGGCAAUAGCGAGCGAUAUAAGAUAUGUAAUAUGCAGGUCUGUCCAAGUGAUGUCGACUUUCGGGCGACGCAAUGCGCUAAUUACAACAAUAAGCCAUACAGAGGAAGAUUGUAUGAAUGGUUACCAUAUAUUGACCCAUUAGAUCCCUGCAGUUUGACCUGUAGGGCUAAAACAUUUAAUUUUGUCGCCAAACUGGCGCCCAAUGCAGAGGAUGGCACCCGAUGUAGGGAUGGAUCACUUGAUAUGUGUGUUUCUGGGAAAUGUUUGCCAGUUGGAUGUGAUCUAGUAUUGGGUUCAGAUAAUAAAGUUGAUGGCUGUGGCAUAUGUGGUGGUAAUGGUUCUUCGUGCACCCGACACACUUAUAUUUGGUCGGAAACCACAUACUCUCCCUGUUCUGUAUCAUGUGGUAAAGGAUAUCAGAUGUCAGAAGUUAUUUGUAUGGAUAGGGAGACAAAGGAAGAAGUGGAUGAGGUGUUGUGUGAGUCGACAUCACGUCUCAGACCGCAUAUCACUGAAUGCAAUACACACUUAUGUCCGCCUUUUUGGAUAAUAGAGUCGUGGAGUGCGUGCAGCAAACGGUGCGGUGGAGGACAUCAAAGUCGUGAUGUCUAUUGUGUUCAAGACAUUGUCAAUGGGACCCGAGUUAAAGUUGAUGACAACAACUGUCCCAAACAAAAACCAAUAAAUCAAAAGUCUUGUAAUACACAGGAGUGCCCGCAAUGGUUUGAAGGCGCCUGGAGUCAGUGUUCAGUCACUUGUGAUACUGGAUAUCAAACUCGACCCGUCGUUUGUCGAGACGUUCGCGGCUUUUAUAGUAAUGAAUGCAAUAAUGAGACCAAACCAUUGGACAGACAAAACUGCUCGACUGGUAUUAAAUGUUCAAAAGAGAUCUCAUAUUCAAAGGAGAACUCACAAGAAGACUCUCCCGUUUGGUCGCAUCACUCGUACCGACCAUUCAAUAGAGUGGCCGAGUCUUCCAUAUCUACUGAACCUAAUUAUAUAGUGGGCGAGUGGUCCACAUGUAGUGUAAUGUGUGGGAAGGGUAUCAAAAAACGUAGUGUCGACUGUAAAAUAUUUUUAGAAUUUUCACGAACAGUCGUCAGAUUACCCGAUAGCCAGUGUCCGGGACUGAAACCACAAGAAAUUGAUGUCUGUUUUCUUAAAGAUUGCAAAAAGAGUGUCGACGAAGACGAAGAAGACACGGAUGAUAUGACUGAUGAUGAGGACGACGAUGAGGAUGAAGACAAUAAUAUAAUUAAUAGUAGAGUUGAGAAACCGGUUAACAAAAUGAUCCCACUCUCCAAAAUUGGUAGUCAAACAAAAUACUUAUGGAAAAGCUUUGGAUUUACUGAAUGCACAGCCAGUUGUUUAGGCGGCACUCAAGAGUCUAUUAUAUCUUGUGUUAGAGAUUCAGAUGAGACUGAAGUUAGUUCGUACUUAUGUAACAUAAAUAAUAAACCGGACUCUUUUACUCGCACUUGCAAUGAUCAUCCCUGUCCUCCCAGAUGGAAUGUUUCAGAAUAUAACAUUUGUUCCAAAGAGUGCGGGUCUGGUAUUCAAACCCGAGAUGUCCAAUGUGUUCAUGAAGUGACCCGAGGUGUGGCCAAUACUAUUAUUGUAGCCAAUCAUAUGUGUAAGGAUCAGAUGCCUAAAACUAAACAAUUUUGCAAUGUUUUUGAUUGUCCGCCAAAAUGGGAAGUUCUGAACUGGUCUCAGUGCUCCCGUAGUUGUGGCGGAGGCGUUAAAACACGAAAAUUGAAAUGUAUUAAAGAGUUAGCAUUUGGUCAAACAGUUGAACAAUCGAUAUCUAAGUGUCCAAAGAAAAGACCGAAAGCUAUGAAGACAUGCAAUUCAAAGCCGUGCAGAAAUGCAUUGUUAGAAUUGAGGAAAGUUAUCCAUGACUCGAAGCAUAACUUUGAGUCCAAUAAAAUUGAAGAUAUAUUUAUACAAAAAGAGUCUAUGAAAAGGAUAUCAUUAAAAGUUAAUGGAGAGGCUAUUAUAAUGUCAGGAACUAUACUCCGCUUGCGAUGUCCACGACGUAAGACCGAUAAAAUGCUUAACCAAAGUCAUUGGCUUAAAAAUGACCAAAAAAUCGUUUUUGACAACAGAAUCAAAAUGACAGCUAAGAAUGUCCUCCGUAUUAGAAAUGUCGACAUUUCUGAUUCGGGCAGUUAUUCGUGUCGAGUCGACAAUAGUUCACUCAAUACUUUGCUACUCAAAGUCAAACAUAUCUUACCAGAUGAAGACAAUACUGUUGAAAGGACUCACUUGAGUCACACAAAGAUUGGAUCAAAUUUUUAUGGCUUUGGAAAGAUUGUAACCAAUUCUGAUGAAAGAAGUGAUACAAGUCAUGGAGUUAUGGAUUUUGCAAACAAGAAAAAAAUUUUGAUGAGAAGUAAACCAAAGAGAGCUUAUAAUCAUCAAACAAAUCCAAAUUUAUCUAAAGAGUCCUUUUCUGCAGAAUCUCCAGUUGUUAACAAUGACCAACAUUUAGAUACAUUUGAAGUCAACUAUGGAAAGGAUGAAAACAAAGAAGUGAUUAGUGAAGAUAUCAAGAAGUAUGAAACUAACUAUAAUGAAGACGAAUCUAAAGAAAAAUUUAGAUCAGAAAAAGAUCCCGAAAAAGAAGAGUUGCGAAUGAAAUUAGACACCAUUUUGUCAGAUCUGAAAAAACUUACAAAAUCUCAAUUAAGACAAUUGUAUUUCUUAUCAAAGGAAAUACAUAACAAUAGCUACAACUCGAGUAAUAUCCUUCAGAGUGAUCAUCACUUAUUAACUAAAGCAUCGAUUGAACAGAAUAUAAAUUGGAAACACUUUAGGUUUGAUUGGAUGACCACUGAAUGGUCGACCUGUGCUGAACUCUGUGGUAGUACUGAAUAUCAAGUAAGAGUUUCACAAUGUUAUGUCAUAUUUGAGAACAUUUCUAAAUUAGUCGAUAACUCUUAUUGUUUGGAUAUUGGACUUGAAGUUCCGGUCACUGUUCGUAACUGUAAAGAAUCUGACUGUCCUUUUUGGCAAACAGGCCAGUGGUCUGAGUGCAAGCAAUGUAUUGACUCGAGAACCGGUAUUCAAUAUCGAGAUGUAAAAUGUAUAUUAAAUAAUGGAUCAAUUGUUGACAAUAACAAAUGCCAAUCACAAGACAAACCAAUUACACAAAAACAAUGUGUAAAUGAUUUAUGUGAACCCACGUGGAUCACCGGUAAUUGGACUCAAUGUAACGCCAAAUGCAAUGAAGAAGGUUUUCAAUCGCGAACUCUUCAAUGCGUUUGGUUUAGUAGUGGAGAAGCGGCCGGUAAUUCAUGUAAUGAUAAAACUAGACCUGAAGUCAUACAGAUGUGCACUAAUGAAACCUGUAGUAGAGAUGAAUGUGAAGACAUUUCAAGACACUGUCAUUUAGCGAUAUCAAUGAAUAUGUGUCGUAUUGCUCACUAUAAACACCAGUGCUGUCAGUCUUGUAAAAGUCAAACGUGAAAACAAAUGAGACUUAAUUUGCGAACAACAAGUAUGUGAUCAAACAAUUAGACCAAAA